AUCCGUAUAUGUCGUUGAAGUCGCACACGCUUCGAGUGAAAGAUAGUGACAGCAUUUAUAAGCAUACAUACGUUUGAUAUGGAUAAUUGUAAAUAAAUUAAUAAGUUAUUAUAUGGUGUGCAUAAUAAUGGCACCUAAUCCACGUCAACGACAAUUGUUUUAUUCCAAAAAAGAUUUAAGAAAAAUCAAUGGCAGGAGAUUUUCAAAAUCAGAAGAAUCAGACAUCGGACUUGUGUAUCCAGGUGUAGAUACAGCAUUUAAAUUAAUUUUAUCAGCCAGAUUUUGUUCGGCUAUAUGGUGUCAUGUAACAGACUGCGAUGAAACUUUUAAUUAUUGGGAGCCAAGUCAUUAUUUGCUGUAUGGAACUGGUCAACAAACAUGGGAAUAUAGUCCUGAAUACGCAUUGAGAUCAUAUACUUACUUGUUAAUACAUAUGGUACCAGCAAAACUCUAUCAUUAUUUAUUAGAACCAAAUCCAGUUCUAAUAUUUUACUUCAUACGAUGUCUCUUAUCUGUAGGCUGUGCUUUAUCCGAAGUAUAUUUUUACAAAAAUGUAUGCCGUGAAUUUGGAGUUCAUAUUGCAAGGCUUACGCUUGUCUUUCUUAUCCUUAGUUCAGGCAUGUACGUAUCCAGCUCUGCUUUCUUGCCAUCAUCAUUUUCAAUGUACUUAAGUACAGUUGCUAUAGCAGCUUGGUAUGGUCGACAAUAUGAAUUUGCCAUUUUUGCCACUGCUAUAUCUUCUUUAUUAGGAUGGCCAUUCGCAUCAUUACUUGGAUUACCAAUUGCCAUAGAAAUGUUAUUCCAUAGACAAGAAUGGAGCAAAUUUAUAAAGUGGGUCAUUAUUUCUGCAUUUGUAAUAUUAGCACCAAUGAUUUGGAUUGAUUCAAUCUACUAUGGCAGAUUUGUUCUUGCACCAUUAAAUAUCAUAAUGUAUAAUGUUUUCACUAAUCAUGGACCUGAUAUUUAUGGCACAGAACCAUUUAGUUAUUACAUCGCCAAUGGAUUUUUAAAUUUUAACUUUAUCUUUAUUGGUGCAUUAAUUGCUCCAUUUGGAUUAUUUUUAGUUUGGCUUGUGAUACCAGCUAAACCAAGAGAGCGUUUAUGCUUACCUUAUUGGUAUUCGUUGGCACCAUUGUAUCUUUGGUUCUUAGUGUUCUUUCUACAAUCUCACAAGGAAGAAAGAUUUUUAUUCCCUGUAUAUCCAAUGAUUUGUUUGAGUGGGGCAAUAUCAGUGGAUGUUUUGCAAAAGUUAUAUUUUUUUAUCAGAACAAAAUUUUGUCCAUUACACAUUGGAUGUCACUAUUCUCAAUACACUACUCAUAUCAUGACUAUAGCCAUCAUUGUCUGUGGUCUUUUUGGUUUAUCUAGAACUCUUGCUUUAUAUAAGGGAUAUUAUGCUCCGAUGGAAAUUAUGAUUGAAACGAAUAAACUUGGGUCAGAAGGAGAAAUAUCAAGUGAUGGCAAUAUCAAUUUUUGUGUUGGUAAAGAAUGGCAUCGCUUUCCAAGCAGUUUCUUUUUCCCAUCAAAUAAUUGGAAACUUCAGUAUUUGAAAUCGGAAUUUAAAGGAGAAUUACCUCAGCCUUAUUUAGAUCAUGAAAAUGCAACAAGUAUCAUUCAGCCACAUUUCAAUGAUUUAAAUAAAGAAGAACCAUCUCGCUAUAUACCAGUAGAAAAGUGCCAUUUCCUAUUAGAUCUUGAUAUUGGUACAGAAACAGAUUCAGAACCAAAUUACUCUAAAAUGUCUAAUCAAUUUAUUGUAUUGAAAUCUUCAAAAUUUCUCGAUACAUCCAAAUCACAUUCUUUCUUUAGAGCAUUUUAUAUACCAUUUGUAUCGUAUAAAUAUUGUACAUAUGGUUCAUAUAAUUUAUUACAGAAUAGUAAGCUUAUUUUAACUGCUCCAUUAUCAGGAUACAAAAAUAUCAGAGCUUCUUGAACAAAUUUUAUUCGAUACACAUUGAAAUAACGAAACAUAUUUUAACAGGGUUUUCAUCAGGAACAUUGUAUAUUUAUUGUUAUUUAUGUUUCUUUGUUAUAAUUAUAAUAGAAUUGAUUGUACGAGACACUAUAAGGAGCUACAAAAAUCAUGAAAAGAAAUGAAAAAUGAAAUUUAAAUAUUUUUGCUUUAAAACAAAUUAUAUUGAACAUAUUUAAUUUGCAUUACAUAAAUCUUUCCCCUUAGGUAAGUUUGUAAAUAAUGAUUUAAAAUAAAUAAGUUUUAAGUAAAUCGAUGUAAAUUGUUAUAAAUGUACAUAAAUAUUUUGAAAAAGAAUUUAUGCACAUGUAUAUAGGUGUACAACUUUGCUUUUUAACGUUAAAAACAGUGUUAAAAUCAGAAACUCAAAAAUAAUAGAUAUUACUAUGUUUAUAUAUAUUAUAAAUGUUCAAUAUAUGCAGAUUAUAUAAUCACAUAAUUUAAUUUAUUUAUUCAUGUUAAUUAACGCAUUUUGUUGAACUAUUAUGUAUAUGUGGUAACAUACGUGUAUAUAAAAAUGACUGUCUAUGUGUAUCAUCAGAUAAGAUUAUAAAAUACAGAUAAGAUUGUAAGGUACAGAUAAGAAAUAUAAGAUAUUCUACAUAUUAAAUU